CCGCUGCUGCUCACAUGCAACAGCGUUCCACAACGCGCACUGGCAUAGGCUCGAUACCUCCACCAGGAUCCUCCGAACGAGCCGCUGGUCACACACACUCAGCUCUCACGUUGGCGAACCUGGCACGUAUCAACAAUGCGAACGCCCAGGACUGCCACCAGGGUAAGGCAUCGCUCCACCAGACCCUCAAGAAGGGCACGCAUCAGUCCGAAUCAGUGGCAGAUGCCUCCUACUACAGUAGCGUGCUCGCCACGUUUGGCAGUGCGGGCGUGGCAGCUGGCCCUUCAACGGCAUCGACUAGUUCGCCAGCUAUUCCAAACUGUGCACCCAAUAGUGGCAGCGCAUCUGGCGGAGGAGCAGCUGCAGGCGCAGGCAAUGGCAGCAGCAUGAAUCUAGGCAACGCCGCCCAAUUGAGCAGCAGCUACGACAUCGGCAACGCGACAGGCAGCACCAGCAGCGGCAGCAACUGGCAGCAAGCUCAAUAUUACAGAUAGGCUCUUG